AUGCUGCGAACUGAGGAUCUUCACAAAAUCCUACUGGGGAUGUACAAACUUCAGUUCCUAGAUCUGUCCUGCAACUUUAUACGUAAGUUACCCGUUCCCAAGGGUGACAAUUUAAGUGAGAUCUUCAUUCUUCCCAGUCUGAGGUUCGUCAACCUGUCGUUUAACAUGCUGGAAUUUCUCCAUGGGGAUUCUCCUCUUAUUUCGCCUAGUCUUACAAAACUUGACCUAUCACACAAUAGUAUUCGUAUCAUAGAUCUACACACAUUGAGCAUUGUUAGCAAUCUACAAGUCCUACUUAUUGAGUGGAACUUCAUUAGGAACUUCCGAUACGAUCGCUUUUACCAGCAGCACCGAGAACUUAUGGAGGUGGCCUUUUAUGCGACCGUCUUUGGCAACAAAACAUAUGCCAUUAUAGCCAAAUAUUUUAGGGAAGUUGGUGUCACCGUAAUAGAUGGAAUAAAUGUGUCACGUUCUCUAACCAAAUCUGAGCAAACUCAUGAAAACGAGGCCUCCACGGAAAUGGACAAGGAAUCGAAACUAUCAUCUCAGGGAUGGGAAAUGACAGAUCCAGCAAUUCAACAACAAUCCGCUGCUGUAAGCACUCCUCAAAAAAUUGGACUUUUGAAUUUCCUGAUCUUUAUUAUUCUGCUAGCUGCACUGAUUCUUAAUAUGAUUCUUAUAGUGAAACUUCGUCGAUUGAAACUCUAA